AUGCACCUCACACUAGGCCAGUCCGAAGACGUACAUGAUAGUUGGCAUAAGUUUCUCCUACAAAAGGCGAAUCUUUUGCCUCCUGUCGAAUGGGAGAUUGGUGAACUCUGUGUGCUCAUCAGGGAACGCACUCCGGCUGGCGGCUAUGAGAUGAAGAAAUGGGCUUCGAUCCCCCUGAGUGGCGGCAACUUCUCACGAGUACAGCUUCCCCUUUCCUUUUAUGACCAGUCUAAGGCGGAUGUCGCUUCGGAUGUCGAUGUCGAGGAACCCAGAAGCGAGAAAGUACAAACGCGGCCGUGCUUUCACUUUUCUACGACGGAAGACUCGUGGGUGCCUUCUGACACCUCAGCCUAUACCCCUGGGGAUAUACCGGAGACGCUGGUCGUUUCUUCUUAUAACGUUUUAGCGGAAUUCCAUUACCCUCCUUCGCAGGAUCGAUAUCCACUUUUAGUCAGGAAUAUCCUCUCUGAUAGGGCAACAUCAGACGUUCUUGUACUCCAAGAGGUCACGGAUGAUUUUCUAUCCUAUCUUCUCGAUGAGGACAAUAUCCGAGAGACAUUCCCAUUUGCCAGCCACGGUCCGCCAGACCAGGAAGAUAUUGAGCCUCUGCCAAGUCACAACAAUAUUGUCGUUCUGAGUUCGUUCGCAUUUGACUGGGAAUCCGUCCCCUCAAAGCGUGAGCAUAAGAUCUCUAUGGUGGUCAAGUUCAAAGAUCUUGGCAUAUGGGAUGACGCAGACUUCACACCUCUUGUUCUAGCAGCGGUCCAUUUGACAUGUGGUUUGAAGGAUGGAUCAGUUAUGGCGAAAAAGUCUGAGAUGGGCGGGCUCCUGAGGUAUCUUGCAACAACAUAUCCGGAGCACCCGACGAUACUGGCAGGCGAUUUCAAUAUCUCUACUUCGUCUUUCACGCUUGAAGCAGCAUUGGAAAAGAAGGCUAUCUCUAUUCAGACAGCCAGCUACCUCGCGGGUUUCGAGAAGGCGUUCUUGGAUGCAGGCUUUGUUGAUAGCUGGACCGUGUCCCACUUGGAAGCAGGCAAUGCCUCUGAUGACGAGACAGAAAAUGUCUUCGAAGGAGAACAGGGGGCAACAUUCGAUCCGACCGUCAACACCCUUGCAGAAAGUAUCGUUGGCAGUGGUUUCAACAUGCGACCGCAACGCUACGAUAGGAUCCUCGUCAGGGGCGAGGGGCUACUGAAAGUCUCCCGGUUCAACAAAUUCGGUUUCAUCACUGAGGAGACUGGAUCAACAACAAAGUCACAAUCAACGCACUUUGCAAGCGACCACUGGGGCAUUCGAUGUAUUCUGAAAAUUGGCAAUCAAACGAGCCAGCAACUCUCAAACGAUAUAGCCAGUCAAGUCGUUCCAGUCCAUCUAGAGGCGGCGACAGGUGCACUAGCAGAUGUGAGAUCCCUCAAGGAGAGUCUUCAGCAUCUUGGAUGUCUUCCCGAGGUUGAAGAAGUCAGAAUGAGAGAAUCUGCUCUCGAACUUCUAGGGAAGGUCAUCCUGGAAAACUCAAGCGCUAACGAUGUCUCAUCUCGAUACAACGCUCCUUUCAUCAUCACACCAGUUGGGUCAUAUGGGCUCGGCGUAUGGACUUCUUCCUCCGACAUUGACUGCCUUUGCAUCGGUCCCGUCAGUGCGAAUACCUUUUUUGCUUUGGCAAGUCACCGACUUCGGAAGGCGGCGGACAAAGGCAUCAAGCUUCUCCGGCGCGUCAAGGCGCACUCUGGGACAAUGCUUGAGUUGGAAGUACUAGGAGUCAAAAUGGACCUACAGUAUUGCGGUGCAACACGAGUUGCAGAGCAAUGGCCAGAUGUCAUGAAGCUCCCUAGUUCAGACCCCAUCUGGACAUUGCCGUCUCAAACCCUUGGAAAGCUGAAGGCAAUUCGCGAUCUUGACUACGUCCGGAGAUCCAUCCCAGACCUCGUCAAGUUUCGCAUUGCACAUCGAUUCAUCAAGACAUGGGCAAGUUCUCGUGGCAUCUAUUCGUCAAAAUGGGGAUAUCUCGGUGGUUUCCCGAUCACAAUCUUGCUAAUUCGAGUUUGCAAAUUCCUUGCCCGUGAUGCACCAUCACAUUCAGUCGCCGAUAUCCUCACAACGUUCUUCAGCCACUAUGCAGUCUUUGAUUGGCAGCAUAAGAUGGCGUUUGAUCCUUUCUUCCAUAGACAGAGGCUUCAAUACACACGAACACCAAGGGAGCCUCUGGCGAUUCUCGGCUUCCACACACCAAUGCUAACAACUACAAAAGCCGCAUCUCUCCCCUCAGUAAGAACCAUUGCAGAAGAAUUGCAACGUGCAAACAGACUUCUGUCGCAAGACGGAAUGACUUGGUCGAAGUUCCUCGCUGGGACAGCUAGUGUCGAGCCUGGAAUGCGUCUGACCACCGGGGCAACUGACUUUCUCAAGUCAUAUAAGAGCUACGUCCAGAUCACAGUUCAGUACUGGGGUGUCUCUCUUAAUAAAGGAAGCUCCUUUGUUGGAUGGCUGGAAUCUCGAUGUGUUAUGGUCCUUGUCGACAUCAACAGACGACUUCCUAACAUACAUGCGAGGAUCUGGCCUGCGCGGUUCGUUGACGAGUCUACGAGCACUGAGACGGGUGAUUAUCAAGGAUCUUACCUCAUUGGACUAGACAAAUUGGACGAUAGCAUGACCAAAGAUGAUCUCAAGAUCGCCGUUGGAACGCUACAGACCAUUCUUGGCCGCUUUGAGGAGCAGAUCCGGGGCGAUGAGAAGUAUUUUGACGCCAAAUCGUCUUGGAUGAGCGCGUCCAUCGUCAAACAGGCCGAGCUGGGUGACCUAACACUUGAUGACCGAGACUGGGGCGAGUAUAAUCCCGGCGAUGACGAUUCAGAGGAGGAGGAGGAGGAGGAGGAUGAGGAACAAGACGGCCCGAUGGAGGAGAGUGGCAGUGGGCGUGAGGGAUCAUCCACCAAGAAGACUAAGAGAGGCAAGAAGCAGCAAAAUCAGGCACGAGUAGUCCCGAAGCCCGCUGGUGCCGGAAAAUUCAGAACAGCAGCUGACGUAUUAAACCGUCUCCGAUGGGAUUCGAGCCUUGAUAGCGGAGACUUCAUUGUUGGGUACGAGGAUCGGUUCAUUGGCGCCCAAGAGAAAGCCCUUGACACGUGGAAGAGCGAACAGACGGAUGAAGAGUUCAUUCCGCAACAUCGUAUUCUAUACUUCAAGAGAAAGAGCGACGGUAUUAUUGUAUGGGAGAGAAAAACUAGGAAGGAUGACAUCUUUGGAAGUGGCAUAUAA